UGGCCUGGUUGUUUGGAAGAGGUGCGUAGGUUCUGUUGUGGGGAUCAGACAUGGCAAUUAACCCGAGAGCCAUCACAAUCGUUACGAAUGUGCUAAAAGGUGAUUGAAACACUACCUUACCGUUCGUUCAUUAUGUGUAUUGUGGUGCAGUUUUUCGUAACAAAGUAGCCGGUUAAAACAUCUUUGUUUAAUGAUAUCCACGAAGUGCAUUUAACAAAGUUCCAUAGUGGUACGUUUCCCUGCAAUUGUGUGUACUGUUUUUAUGGACUUUUUUCGAUGGCGUGUUUGAACGGACUAUGUUUCGUUCGAUUCAGUGCACAAUUAUAUGUUUGUGUUUGGUGACAAGAAAGCAUCGGCCAAAGUGCAGAGCAAAAGUUUAUUUCUUUGUGUAGAUGGUGACAAUAUUUCUACGCAAUACGGUUGUGCAAUUCGCUUGAAAAAGGUGCAGUUUGAUUCAUCAAUUCGAUGGAAAAAUCAGGCUGAGGUGCUCUUGGGACCACAGUCUUCGUGUAAAAUGAAUUAAAGUGUGUUCCAAGGGAUUGUGGAAACGUUGGGGGUUAAGACGUUGCGUAUAACUUUUUAGUGGCGUAUGGAAGCGGAACAGAAGAGAAGGGGAAGACAAAAUAGAAAUGUCAAUGAAUUACAACAGUGGACAUAGGUGCAUCGUUCCUGGUCAAAAUAAAAAUAUUAAAUAAAGUUGUAGGAUAUUUGUUACCAACGGGGAACUCACGAUUGGAGAUAAGCGGUGUUACCGAUUGGAAAUUGUUCUGAAGUUUUGUAACCAGUCCGUGCGCGAUGGUUCCGAUGUUUUAGUUUUUGUUACUAUUAGAGAAAACUGGUCCUACAUACUGAUCCAGGCGUAUCCGCGUAUAUCUUCGUUUACGUAACUUUACCGUUGAACCCCUGCCAACACCGCGUGGACUCUGCCCCGUUCAAUAAUAAUAGGCUAUUUUACGGAGUCCGCUGUAUUUCAUCGUAGAAAAAAACCGCUCCAAUGCGUGCCCUACGACCGGCUGUAAACUGGAGCUGAAACCAAACGCAAUACCUCGCACAUAUCUGUUCAGCACCGGGGAAGGAUUUAGAUAAUCGCCUUCAAAAUGUCGAUCGAGGACCGUUUCAAUGCGGCGGUCAAUGUUAUCCGGGGGCUGCCGAAAAAUGGACCUUAUCAACCGAGCAAUGAUAUGCUACUACGUUUCUAUUCGUACUUCAAGCAGGCUACGAAAGGAAAAUGUUGCGAGCGUAGACCCGGGUUUUGGGACGUUAUUAAUCGUGCCAAAUGGGAUGCGUGGAACCGACUGGGCGACAUGCCGAAGGAGGUGGCGAUGCAAAGAUAUGUUGACGAGUUGAAAAAGAUUGUCGAAACAAUGUCCUACACUGAUAAUGUGGCUAACUUCAUGGAGUACAGUAUGAGCGACCUGGAUAAUGUUAAUAUCAGUGAUCUGGAAAUGGUUGCACCAGAGGCGAUAAAAAAGGUGCGAUCGCGACCAAACUCGCCAUUUGCAUCACGCGAAGCCAGUCCGGGACGUUUAUCGCCAGCCACGCCGUCUCCGCCACCCAUGAUGCCCGCUCAUACGGUUCCAAUGGUCAACGGUCAUGUGCAUAAGCCUACAGCUAUCAAUGGAUAUCACAGUCACAGCCAACACAGCCAGUCAAAUCAUACGCACCAUCCGGUGGAAAUUGGCGUGAAUUUGGUUACAAUUAGUAAUGGAGCCAGUUCUGGGCCAUCGGAACUUAGUGAUGAUGAGUACAUCGACACGUACGAUGACGAUUUCGAGAGCGAAACGGCCAACUCGUUCCGUCCUAUCGAAGCUGUUAAUCAUGCUCGUUUGUAUCAAAAUGGAACGACAAGUGCAGCCGGGGGCGGUGUGUCACUGGCUAACGGUGGUGUUGGAAUGUUCCAAAACGGUUCUAAUGGGCAAAUAAAUGCAGAGGUAGCCGCGCAGAUAACUCGUACAAUCGAACGGCUUAAUGCCAGCGUGCAACAGGUGAACAGUCGAGUCAGCAUGAUCGAACAAUCGAUGACCGCAUUGCGCGAUCAACAGCAACAGCAGUUUGCUAAACUUAGUGCUUCCGCCGAUCGGUACUCAUCACACCGCCGGGCUGCCCAUCCUGCCUGGUGGCCUUUCGCUGAGGUUUCACCGGCGAUGGUGGCAUUUAUCAUACUUUGGCCCCUAGUAAUUAAUCGGAUUACCAGUUGGGCGCAGAGAAAAAAACCAUAAGUAGAAAGAAGCAAGAGCUCUUUAUUUGCGUAAAAUGCAUGGGAAUUUCAAUACACGCAUGCAACCGAAUUGCUGGGCAAAUAGGAAAAAUAACAAGUGUUGUGACAGGGCAUGUUCGCCGCGCAUUACUAUGAGACUUUCGAUUUGAGAUGGGCUCUACUAUUUGAACAAUGAAGGACAUUGUUCGGACGUAACAUUGUCAUUGCAAAGUAUAGCACUGAAUUGUUUAUUGAUAAGUCCACUUUUCACAUCCAUUUCGGUGCCCCAGCAAUUAGUUAACACAAAACAUGCUACAAACUUAACCAAUACUUCGCGGUGCAACAUUGCUAAAAUAUUUAAAAAACCAGACAAACCAAACCCAUUCCUUACUACUAUCAGACCCACGUGUACCUUUACUAUACUUGUUUGUACAGUAGAAACUUCAACUGUUCCUUUUUCAAUCGCGCAGAUGAUGAUUUAAGUAACUCAAUGCAAAUAUUUGAAUAGUUUUUAACCAGAGAAUGUGAGGACAAGUGCAAUUUAUUGUUGUGUUUUUUUUUAUGUUUAUGUGUUGUUAAUUGCUUGAUGAUUAAACUUGUAGUCCAACGUAACAAUUCGUUGGUAAAACCACUUAUAUUUAAAACAUUGUUUUUGGUGCGGUUCAUAUGCAUAUUUCGCUCUUAUAUAUUUUCUAAACAUUAAGCACCCAUAGUUUCUCCCUAAGAAAUUGUGUACAUGAUAUUUUUGGGUUUUUUUAAUUCUUAAAUUAUGGGUUCAAUCAUAUAUUCAUCGAAUAAUGACUAAGGAAAUAAACUCUUAUUUUAACGAACAAAAACGAAACGGUUAGGCCGAUGGGUAAUGUAAAGGGUACUGUAACAAUAAUAUAAUAUUCCUAGGACGAUACCUGUUUCGGGGUUCAUUAUAGGCGGUGGUGUAUAGGCUUUUUGCAACAGCCAGAACAAGCAUUGAUAGUGAAAUUUAAACAAAUACACGUAAGUUCUUAUGGCUCUCAGCGAGAAAUUCAAUAAAAACACGUGCUUAUAUG